AUGGUGGUGAAUCCAAUAUGCAGGAUGAGGGAAGAGCUGCAAGUAAAGGAUGAUACCCAGGUUUUGGGGACAUUGAUGUAUACCCAAAGAACAUCUUCUCCUGAGAUUCAACUUGGGUUCAAACUCAGAGAGAAUCCACGAGGACAAAUGAGUAAAAAUAAAAUAAUGCCUCUUAGUGAGACUGCACUCCUACAGCAACCUCAAGAUGAAAUGGAACAAAAUCAAGCUCUGUUCCAGAACAGAAAAAGUUUUCCAUUGUUCACUGUAUCAUUUUCCCAGGCUAAACUUUCACUGAACCACCAAAGCAUUCAAGGGCCUGAGGCUGAAAAUUCUGAAAUUUUGCCAAACCCAGAAAAGGAACUAAGCACAGACAGAAACUCUCCUGAAAUUAGCUUUCUCUCAGGUACUGCUACUAAAGUAUCUGAUGUGAUGGUUGUAAAGGAGAAAUCGUUAGUGGAGCCAAAGGAGAUCUUAGCAGUACCAAAUAAGUUUUCUGAGUCUGGAAAGGAAGCCCUGUUGACCAUGAAUUCUGAAGAAACCCAGGAUGAAGAAAGUUCUCUUAAAACCUUUGUGUCUGCCUUAGAAAAGUUACUUACAUCACCAGAAAUCACUCAGGAGGAAAGACUGUUUGAAAUAAUGAGUGAUUUUGAAUCUAAAGAGUUGACCAACCCAUUGAGCAACUCCCCGAGUUCCACAUCAGUAUCUUUGACAUGUCACAGAGAUUUACUAGAAAACACAAAGGAUGAUGGGUUGCCAGCUGAAUUGUUAGCAGCCCUAAACACGUUAUCAGAAGGCAACGUGGAACCCAUCUGUCACAGAGAAGAGGGAGGCAGCAGUCUCAGUGCUGGAAAUGAAUAUUCAGGAGGGGAACCCAAGAUGUCUCAGACCAGUGAAGAUUGUACACAAAUAACUGAGGUGAAUUCUGAAUCUCUUUGUUCUGCUCCACUCUUUGAACAAGAUUCCAAGGUAGGGGAGCUGCAAGAUAAGCAUCUUUCACCGCAGCAUGUAAAUUCAAAUACUCUAGGAGAUCCAAAUCCAUUUGGAUUGCAAACUUUGGUUCAUCAAAAUGUCCCCUCUUGUGAUCCACUAAACAACAAGGGAAAUUCAAAUUCAGUGGAAAAUAAAUCUGACCAAGACAUUCCACGUGUGUUAAGGAGAUCAUCCAGACUGAAAGGCAGAGAUGCAAAGCACAUAGAUGACAUGUAUAAGAUGCCAGAAAAGAUUUUACCCAAGAUAUUUGUCUGUGAGGAUCAAACAACUAAUAACUCAUCAACUAAGAAUUUCAGAAUGCAGGAUCCUGCUUUAAAGAUUCUAGGUAAAGGGAAGAAUAUGUAUUCAACUAGACUCAAGAAUAGAGAACAGAUCAGGAGAAACCAAAAACUUGCUGGAAAAAAGGAGCACAUUCUGGUUUACCUGGGCCUUUAUCCUCGGGAAAUGACUUGGCUGACAGAUAUACUCAUUUAUAUUCUGUCAUUGCUAAUAAGGAUUCUGUCGGAUGAGGAAGCGCCACGCUGGGUUCCAGCCAAAUUUGUUAGAGAUAUCAAAACUGAGAAGGAAGAUGAGUCGGCUGAACUUAUGCCCUCCUCGGAGGAAGAGGACUCCUAA